AUCCAAGACCCGCCCGCAUCAUCGUCCUCCUCCGCGCUCCCAUUCCAGUUCCAGCCUCCACCCCAUGGCGACGGCGACGGCGACCGCAGUACCGUACAACGCCGCGGCGGCGGCAGCAGCGGCCGGGAAGGAGGAGACGACGAGGCCGAUCGCCGUCGCGUCCCCGACCGUCCACCCGGCGGCGACGGGGGACGAGGAGGAGGCCGCGACCGCCACCAGGCGCUGGCGGCCGACGCAGUACCUCCGCAAGCGGCGGUGCUUGCUCUGGUGCUGCGGCUGCUGCGCCACCUCCGUGGUCCUCCUGGGCAUCACCGUGCUGGUGCUGGCGCUGACCGUGUUCAGGGUGAAGGACCCCGUGCUGACCAUGAACGGCGUGACGCUGGAGGGCGUGGACGGCGGCCCCGGCUCGACGCCGGAGCACCCGGUGUCCGUGAACGCGACGCUCAGCGCCGACAUCUCCAUCAAGAACCCCAACGUGGCGUCCUUCGCGUUCGGCCGCAGCGAGACGGACUUCUACUACGGCGGGGAGACGGUGGGCGUGGCGUACGCGCCCCGGGGCGAGGUGGGCGCCGACCGCACCGUGCGCAUGAACGUGACGCUGGACGUGCUCGCCGACCGCGUCUCGCCCAGCGUCAACGCCACGGACCUCAUCUUCGGCAAGGAGUACAACCUCACCAGCUACACGGAGAUCGCCGGGAGGAUCAGCGUGCUCGGCAUCUACAAGAGGGACCUGGACAUCAAGAUGAACUGCUCCAUCACGCUCGAGGUGGGGGCCUUCACCACCGUGCAAAGCAAAGCCACCGACUGCGUUGCAAAUGUCAGCUGAUUUUUUUUUCGGUUAGCUGGUCGUUAGUGCUCCUUCCUUCAUUCUGUAUGUAUGCAAGAUAUAGAUUGUUGUAUGUUGCUUUUCUUUUUUUUGUCAGAGAUUAGUGACUGUUGUAACUCAUAUACGUCUAUAAAUCCUGAUGUUGUGAGGCUUAUGUAAGUUCAGGCCACAAUUAAUCA